AUGUUCAACAAUGCGUCUCUAAUUCAUAGUCUCAAAGGGAAUGUAGACCAGGACAAGGAGCCCCGUCCCCUUGCCAGACCCCGAGUUUCUUCUGAGCCAUGUCUUCCCGAAAGACUACCCUCUGGUGGCUUUCUUCAGCGGGAGGCAGAGUACAGUGCUCCUCGAGCUAUACUCCGACAGCUGAGACGUAGUCCAUCACCGCCGCAAACCCCUGUUGACGAGGAGGCGGACGAGGAUGAGGAACAGACAACUAUCCUGACGGAUACUCCUGAAUCACCCAUGGACGCCCCGCCUAGCCCGACAUUCUCGAUAAAGUCGGCGGUUCGGUCGGUUCUACGGGCCAAGUCAUUUCAACAACGCCCGCAAAGCACUCCAUGGAAAGAACCCCAGCCUUUUGAAGUGUUUCGCGCUGUUGAGCAGAAAGACAUUAUGUUUCUCAUGGAAAUUAGGGAUCGUGCGUUUCCUUUAUUACUACGGAAGACCGGCGAUGCGACACCACUUCUACAUGCUAUGCGCAUAGGCCAAUCACAUCGAGAUGUGGCGAUCAUUCUUGUUGGUGCAUUUUCUCGAUGGGUCAACAAUUUAGAAGACGUUGAAAUUGUAAAGCCGAAAACAAGAGUCCUCCUGAAAGCCCUCCGUGCCAAUCUCAAGCUCGCGAUCGACUUAGGUUUAGCGAAGUCCCAAAGCGAUCUCACUGCGUCAUUCAUGCAAACACUGAUCAUGAGUGAAGGUGAGAGGUGGGUGAGGGACCAGGCUUCUAAUGUGUCGCUCGCAUUGCGUGCUGGCACCGCUGGAAAGCCCGUGGAGACUGCGUCUGCCGCAGUGCGCCGGUUUACUACGAAAGAACUAGGGAAGGCGAGCCUGAUCGCGGCGCUGGAAGACUACAUAGCUAAUGCCACAGUUGACUUAUUGGUACUCGGCGCUUGGGCAUGGGCAACUGAGACUAUCGAUGCUCAGCUAAUACCCACUUAUUAUUUCGCUCGUGACGACAGAGUUUUCAAAGCUCUUUGUGACAGACUUCGCCAGCAUGAGAGUGAGCUUCCUAAGCUAAGCCGGCGUCUACGAUGGCAACUGCGAGUUCUCAAAGUUGCUUUGGAGGGUAAGACCACCACGUUUCGCAGAAAAGUGGAGUUGUUAUCUGCCGAACUUGACGAGGGCGAUGGGUUGUAA